AUGGCGAAAUCUAAGAAUCAUACUAAUCACAAUCAGAACCACAAAGCACAUAAAAAUGGGAUUAAGAAAAUAAAAAUCACAAAAAAAAUCUCGACAAAAGGAAUGUGCCCUAAGUUUCUCAGGAAUCAAAGAUACUGUAAGAAGGGUCAAAUAAACCUCAAAAACAAGGAUUAA